GUAUUUGUUUACGCUCUACGGGCAGAAGACCGGAUUUUAGGGCUCGGCCAAUGCUUACCAUGACGUGCCUGAAGACUGGUCGGGCGAGAUGACACCGAGAAAUCGGCUUGGAGUGUUGAAUUUAUGUGCCAAUGCCUUCCUGUAGGAAACGCGUGCGGCGUUGAUGGCAUCUUUGAGCCCCGCUCGAAUUCAAAAUGUUUCUCUUAAGCAGUUUCUUACUACUCGUAGGUCCUGCCUUGUGCGCAGGGGAAAACACCAACUCUUUCCAAUCGCCGGCCAACGAGUACAGGGCCAAGUUCCGUUACUGGCUACCAGAUGCCAGCGUUCCUAAUGAAGUUGUCGCUCGAGACAUUGCCGCCAUGGCAAAAGUCGGCGCCGGUGGCUUCGAGUUCCUGCCCUACUACCAGUACGGCCUUCCCGAAGCCAUCAACGGCGUAGAGCCUCCCACAGAUUGGACAAAGUACGGCUUCGGGACCGAUGCGUUUAGGCAGACGUUCAGGGCUGCGCUCGAAGCCGCCGAGGCUAAUGGCGUGCUCAUGGAUUUCUCCCAGGGCGCGAACCAGGGCCAGGGCACGCCUGCGGUACCGGGCACGGAGGGUCUCGCAGUUGAGUUGGACUAUGUGAACGUGACCCUUGCCGGAGGAGACACCUUUGACGGAGCCCUCCCGCUGUCGAAACAACCUCCUGUCCAGGUGACGAGCUUCAUGCAUGCGCUCGAAGAGUUCGGAGAGCAGACGCUCCUCUCCGUCGUGGCGGCCGAAGUUGUGAACCAGAGUACAACGUUGACUAGUUCCGAUAGCUACGGUGCCACCAUUGAUCUGAUCACUGUUGGCGAUAUUGUCGACCUCACGGACUCUGUCGGCGCGAACAACUCCCUGACAUGGACUGCUCCAGCCGGCGGCACUAGCUGGCGUGUCUUUGCAUUCUACGAGCGCUACACCAACCAGAGAUCCGUUUCUCCCGGUCUCAACGCGACGGAUUACAUCCAAAACGGGUCGUGGACAGUGGAUCACUUUAGUGCUGCCGGCGGUAAAAAGUUAACUGACUUUUUCGAUGAGCACGUCAUUCCCGAUGAGGAAACCAGAGAGCUUCUGGCCAAAGUUGGCAAGUACGCGUGGGAGGACAGUCUCGAGAUGGAGACAUCUCUCUGGUGGACACCGGGCUUCCAAGACAAGUUCGAGCAAAACCGCGGCUACAGCAUUCGGGAGUGCCUGCCUCUGCUGAUGCAGCCUUCAAACUAUUGGGUGCAAAGCAUGAUGCCCUGGACGGAGACUUUUGUUUCGGCGAACAGCACCUUCACCGAAAAUUGCAACGAGGAUUAUCGGAUCACGCUUAACGAAGGCUACCAGGAAUACCUUGGGCAUUACCAACAAUGGGCACACGGUCUCGGCAUCGAAUACUCUGCUCAGCCGGCUUACAAUCUCCCUCUGAACGCACUCGACGACAUCCCCCUCCUCGACGGCCCCGAAGGCGAAUCCCUCGGAUUCGACAACAUCAUCGACACGUACCGCCAGUUCUCGGGGCCCAUCCACCUCACCGGCAAAAAAGUGCUGUCUUCCGAGUGCGGCGCCGUCGGAGGCGCACCCUACCUGCAGACGGUCCCAGACCUGUUAUGGUCUGUCAACCGCGGCUUGGCGACUGGCAUCUCAAUGCAUGUUCUUCAUGGGUAUGCGUACUCGGGCGAGUAUGCGAACACAACGUGGCCGUCGUAUACGACGUUCACGUACCGCUUUAGUGAGAUGUGGGGGCUGCAUCAGCCGGUUUGGCGGCAUAUGAGGGAUGCCAUGGAGUAUAUUGCGAGGAACCAGUGGGUUUCGCAGAGUGGGACGCCGAAGGUGGAUUUGGUGUUUUAUCAGUAUAGCGCGCCGUGGAUUGUGGAGGCUCGGUAUCAGAACACUAAUCUGGAGACACUGGGUUAUACGUACGACUACCUUGGCCCAGGCAACCUUCAACGUCCAGAGGCUGUAGUCAAAGAAAAUGUCCUGGCACCGAAUGGCCCGGCAUACAAAGCUCUAAUCUUCUCCAACCAAACCUCUCUCACAUCCGGAGCUGUUUCAAGAAUCCACGAGUUCGCCAGUGCAGGCCUACCAAUCUUCUUUGUCGGCGCCACCAACUUCACCAGCAUUGGCCAAGGUUCCGGAGAAGCAGCCAGCGUCUCCGCCUCAAUGAGUGCCAUCCUCGACAGCGGCUUGGAGAACGUGUACAAAGUCGCCUCGGCAGACGACCUCCCCACCGCCCUAACGACGGCAGGCAUUCUCCCGCGCUUGUCUUUCUCCACCGGAACCAAGUCCUGGUACUCGUUCUGGCGCCGCAACGAAACCAUCGACUACGCGUUCCUCUACAACGACGGCAACGAGACGCACACCUCGACCGUCUCCUUCGCCGCCCCCGAACACAGCAUCCCCUACGUCUUCGACGCCUGGACCGGCGCCGUCUCGCCCGUGCUGCAGUACGCCACUGGUCCAUCAACCAACAUCAACAUCAAAAUCACCCUCGCCCCAAACCAAACCACCAUCCUCGGCUUCGCGAGCCCCGACAGCGCCCUCCCAGCCCCGGCUCCCCGUAUGCACGUCACAGCCGCAACAGGCGGCCUCGCGGCCCUACGCCUCGCAGCAAACGGCAGCGUUGUCGCGGUGCUGACGGGGCCCGCGAGCCUCACCCUCUCGGACGGCAGGACGGUGGACCUCGCUCCCUCGGAUACACCACUACUGCCGCCCACGAACUUGUCCGUCUGGGACGUCGCGGUGCACAGCUGGGACGCGACGGCAGACAUGUUCAGCAUGGCGACGGCAAUAACGAGGCACAAUUUCUCCGCCGUGCCGCUGCGGCCGUGGAAUCAGCUGGAUCCGGGACUGGGCAAUGCGAGCGGCACAGCGACAUACACGACCACGUUCGGCACGCCCAACACCACCACCUCCUCUUCGGCGUCCCUGUCAGCGUUCCUAACGCUCACGCCGCAUCUCACAAACACAGCCCGCGCAUCCCUCAACGGUAUCCCGCUCCCGCCGCUCGACCCUGCGAAUCCGCGCACGCGCAUCCCAGACGAAGCGCUAUUGCCGCGGGGAGGGCUGAAUAGGCUGACGGUCGAGGUCGCGACGACGCUGUUUAAUGUUGUGCGGGCACAGGCGAUGGAGGAUAAGGUGUGGACGGCGGGGGUGGGCGCCGAGGACGAGAAUGGGGGGAUUUAUUCUGGGCGGGAGGCGCUGGGGGAGGGGUUGCUUGGGAGUGUGCGGGUGAUGUGGGAGGGGGAGGGGGAAGUGGUGGUGGGGUGGUGAUGUUGGUAGCUACACGCGUGCGGUCAUGGGUCCCUUCUGGUGAAGAACUGUCGCUAUGGCUCGUUCCCCGUUUCCGUUUCCGGUUAGUCUCCACGCGACGUCACGAUGCGGCGCGCUCGGCUGUU